AUGAAGUUGAUUACAUUGUUCUUGGUUGCCUCCGUGCUGUGCGGACUCACUCUGGCAUCCCUCAACAUCCCAAUCAUUGGAUGGUCCUCCCAAAAUGCCUUUAUAAAGUCAGAGAUCUUUGAUACAUACUCUUCUGAACAGUUCAGAGAGAUGCUGUCCAACUUGGUCAGCGGACAGUCUAGCGAUAUCGUCAAUUCAAUCAAGCCAGAGCUGAUCACCAUCUUUGUCGAGCAACAGCUGCGCACUGAUGAGUUGUCCAGCCUGUUUGACAGCUACAGCAACCAGCCAGCAAGCAAGGUUGCAUCACUCAAGAGCAACAUCGAGGCUGCUCGCACAUCGAUCUUCAUCCCAUACGUCAGCACCUCUGGCUCAUUCCUCUCAUCAGUCCUUUCGACAAUCUCUAUCGAUGGCACCAUCUACGUCGCCACCGAGUCCAACUCUGACUUCCAUGUUAACGGUGCAUCAUACAUCCGUUUGAACCAGAUCAAGGCUACUGCCUCCUCAUCAAUCUCCAACAACAAGGUCGACAUUCUUGUUGUUGUUCUCCCAGAGGACAACCAAAACCAAUACUUUGAGCAGAUCAACAGCGUUGAGGGCAACUCUGUCAACUUCUUCACCGCUGAGAACCCAACUCCACUGGGCUUCACGAUGAAGUUUGAGCAGGAGAAGCAGGCAGUCUACGACGCUGCCGUGUUGGCCGACUCCAACAGCACCACCAACGGCACCAACUCCACUAGCGACUACAUCAACUACUUCCCAGGUCCAGUGUUGGAGGCCUACCUCAUUGUAUUCAUCUUGCUGGUCAUUCUCUUUGCCGGCAUCUGUUGUAUUGCCGACCUGCAAGUGCCCGACAAGUACGAGGCUCCCAAGCAGAAGGUCCUCUAA